AUGGCCGCGGCUAUUGAAUCACAACUACCGAAUACCUCACAUUUGUUAUGCUCAUGGCACAUUAGCAACAAGUUCCCCGAGAAACUUGCAACAUAUUACUCAAAGGAAGGGUUUAAAUUUGAUUUCAACAAUUGCAUCUAUCACUCUUUGACUGAAGUUGUGUUUGAGGAUCGGUGGAAGGCUUUGAUUUUGAAAUACAAUUUGGAAGGCAAUACAUGGCUUCAAGGGUUAUAUGCUUUGAAGCAUAAGUGGGUGGAGGCUUACACAAGAAACACUUUUUCUGCGGGUCAGAAAACCACAUCAAGAAGUGAAGGAAUGAAUGCCUAUUUUGAUGCCUAUGUUGGUUCUUGCACCGGUUUGAAGGAUUUUGUUGAGGGUGCACAAAAAGCUUUGGAGAGGCAAUUUAUGCGUGAGAAAGAUGAGGAUUACAAUACGUAUCAUAGAAGUCGUUGCAUGCAAAUGAAAACCGCCUUGGAGCACGACGCGGCUUCCAUUUAUACGAAAGAAAUGUUUCGAAGAUUUCAAGAACAAUUAGUUGAAGCAAAUAAGUACUUCAUGGAGAAAGAUAGAGAUCGGUCUUUGGAAGAUGUUGAAGACACAUUCUACAAAUGUUAUAGACCGUUGACGGGUGCAUCUCAGAGAACCAUGUAUCUUGUAUCAUUCAACAAGGCGUCAUUAUGGGGUUCAUGCAUUUGUAAAAUGAAUGACCAUGUUGGCAUGCCAUGCCGUCACAUUAUUGCCGUGUUGACGAAGAGGUGUGUGGCGGAACUACCGGAAAAUUUUGUGAAACGGCGUUGGACAAGGGAUGCCAAUAGAGUUGAUGGCGUGUUGCCAUAUCAAACAUCCGAAGUUGAAUCACCGUCUCAUGAGUUGACUCCCACGGAAAGAUUUAACCACAUGACCUUACUUACCAUGGCUUUUAGUCAUAGUUGCUCCGCGUCGAAAGAGCGGUAUGAAUAUGCCGUUGGGGUUAUUAAUCGAGAAACGGAGAUUAUUGAGAAAAUGCCCGUUGACGGGGUAGAACGUGAAGGAGGUAAAAUGACCGACGCUUCGGGUAAUGACUCAGUGUCACACGUAAGCAAUUCAUUCUCGUACUCGGAUGAAAUGGUAGAUUCACCUACCUUCAGUGAGUUGGAGGAAGCAUGGCGUCAUCUUGAAGAAUUAGCAGAAAUGUACGAACCACCUCCCCAAGCGGAAGAAGAAGACAAUGCGUUGUACCCAGAUGACGAAGAGGCCUACCGCUCAAGAUGUUGGAGUGAAGCAUGUUAG